CAUCUUAAAAUUAGCUCGUUCUUGAGCUCGUCUGAGUUCAAACUGCCUGACUAGGCAAUAGAGGGAACAUAUCAGCAGAAUUCCCCCUUUGGCAAUACCUGCUGAUUGGGUCCUAAAAAAAGCAAGCUGCUUUUAACUUUUAAUAUUUGGCUCCAGAGUGCUGUCACGGGUAGUCGCGAAAGAUAGAAUCUCCCUACUUAUUUUAGAAGCAUAGAAAUAAUAAUCGAUCAGUGCAGAAUCUUUUUUCAUUGUUUUAUUUUUUCUUCACUUCAAAUCUCAGUGCGCGCAUGAGCGCGCAUGUAGGCUUUCCACUGGAGAAGUUUUGCGAAACUUUAAGGAUGAUAUACCUUGGAUGUUUCCUGUUGCUCUGUGUGCUUACGCAUGUCAUGGCAAGUUAUCCCAUCUGGUGGUCACUAGCAGUGGGUCACCAGUACUCGUCACUGGGCACUCAGCCUAUCCUCUGUGGCAGUAUCCCAGGUCUGGUGCCCAAGCAGCUGCGUUUCUGCCGGAACUACGUGGAAAUCAUGCCCAGUGUGGCUGAGGGGGUGAAGAUUGGCAUCCAGGAGUGCCAGCACCAGUUCAGAGGCCGACGCUGGAACUGCACCACGGUCAAUGACAAUCUUGCCAUUUUUGGGCCAGUGUUAGAUAAAGCCACUCGAGAGUCAGCAUUUGUUCAUGCUAUUGCCUCGGCGGGAGUAGCAUUUGCAGUGACCCGUGCCUGCGCUGAGGGCUCAGCCACCAUCUGCGGAUGUGACACACGCCACAAGGGCCCCCCUGGUGAGGGAUGGAAGUGGGGUGGUUGCAGCGAGGACGUGGAGUUUGGGAGCAUGGUGUCCCGGGAGUUUGCUGACGCGAGAGAGAAUCGCCCUGAUGCACGCUCAGCCAUGAACCGCCAUAACAAUGAGGCAGGAAGAAUGUCCCUCAAUGAAAACAUGUUCCUGAAGUGUAAGUGCCAUGGGCUCUCGGGCAGCUGCGAGGUCAAGACAUGCUGGUGGUCUCAGCCUGACUUUCGAGUUAUUGGUGACUACAUGAAGGAUAAGUAUGACAGCGCAUCAGAGAUGGUGGUGGAGAAACAUAAGGAGUCCCGUGGAUGGGUGGAGACCCUGAGACCCAAGUACAACUACUUCAAACCCCCCACAGAGCGAGACCUGGUUUAUUAUGAAAGCUCACCCAAUUUCUGUGACCCCAAUCCUGAGACUGGCUCCUUUGGCACCCGUGAUCGCAUCUGCAACCUGACGUCUCAUGGCAUAGACGGAUGCGACCUCCUCUGCUGCGGCAGAGGUCACAACACCAGGACUGAGAAGAGAAAGGAGAAGUGUCACUGUAUUUUCCACUGGUGCUGCUACGUCAGCUGUCAGGAGUGUGUGAGAGUCUACGAUGUGCACACUUGCAAAUAAGACAAUCUGGAUCUUGUCUUUUCCCACCAAAAUUCAAAGACGUCAGUAGGCAGAAGAACAAAUACAGCAACUUAUCUUUAAGACAUGAGAGACUGAGCAGCUGUCUGAGCUGUCCAUGGACUCUAAUGGCAGACACGAAAGCCUUGUGUUUGAUGCUGUGAUGCUGAAAAGAGCCAGUCUCCGCCUUAAUCAUCUGAAACAGUUGAGUAGAUUUUAGCAUCACAAAGCAUCAUCCGUAUGAACCGUGAUGAUGGUGAUAAUGACAACAAUGUUGAUAUCUCUAGCGAUGACGAAAGAGUUUUCAUGUAUUGACGUAGGAAAGGAGAACUGUCGGCUAAUUGACAAACAUCAUAUUGGUGAUAUGUGUUUCCAAGUAGUUACCUUUUUUGAGAAUAGUACAGCACUGCCAAUGCUCUAUGGGACAAAAAAUGAAAAUGUUUAUUUCUUCAAUGUUUAAUCACCACUUGUUUUUGCCACAAAAGGUGGCAACAUUUAUGAGUAAUUUACAUGAUCAGACACUCAAUGGCUUGCAUUCUCCCCCUCAACAAGUAUGUGUGUGUAUGUCUGAAAACUAACAUUAUGAUGUGAAUGAGUUUUUUUUUUUUUUUGUAGUGUUAAUAUAUUACUGAUGUUUGGGUAAGCAUGCACUUGCACCUGAGUGAAUGUAGUUAAUUAUGCUGCAGUGUGUUUACAUAUUCUCUACAUUCUUAAGCUAGCGAGUUAAUAUCUGCUUUAAAUUACUAAUUUUAUCUUCAGAGUAGAUAUGACCCACACCAACUGGACAUCAUGCAAAACAAGAGUAUACACAGUCUGUGCAUUUCCUUAAACACCUGAAAACUCUGGAAGCUUUUUCUUAAGAGUAACAAUGCUUUGAACAACAUCGAGAGUUAUGACCAAAGACAAGAAAAGAAACCCCCAUGUAAGUCUGAUGUGGUCAGAGAGCUGUAAAUAAAUAUGAAAGGUCAGCACUUGUGUCCCAUUGAGAAAUAUGAAGCAUGUUCUCCUUGUUUUUAUCAGUAUUAGCAAUGUCUCGUGUGGCAGGGUGUGGGAAUAACUGUUAUUUAUAAAUGGGAUAGUCCCACUAUAUUUUGUUUCAUUUACAUGCAUAUAAUAUUGUUUUAUUUUGAUAUUUGAUUACAUAGAGGUAAAUUCUGUACUCCCUGGUAAAAUAAAACACAAAUGGCAAACAAACCGCAAACAAAGCUCUGUAUAAUGCAGUACAAUUAGUUGUUGUAAAAUGAUGACCAAAACCUGUGCAUGUGAUGAUUCUCAGCUGUGGCUUCUUGUACCCCAAAUUUAACAACAAGCAGCAUCACUGAAAAUAUCAAUUCUUCCCUUAUUUUAAUGCUGCUAAGUAAAGAUAAUAUGUGAGUGUGUUUGUGUGUGCGUUUAGGUCCUUACAUAAAGUAUGUCUCUGUCUAUUUGUGUUAUAUGUAUAUUCUUACAUGUAUUGAUUCUUUCUGUGAAAGAAAUCUAUUAUAUGUAGUUUGGAAAAAAUGUGAAGUUUUGACUAAUUCUUGCAUACAGUAAUUCCCAUUUUAACCAAAUAGACCAAAAUAGAGUUUAUGUUAUUUUAGUUGCCUAUGGUUUCGUAGUCAAAAUGAUGUCAUGCUGCUCUCCUUCAAUUUCAGAAGAAAUACAAAACAGUAUUUAUUUAUUUGGAAAGUGAAAAACUACUGAAAGCUGAGACAUGAUGUCUAGACAAGUAACAUAAUGUUUAUGAAAAUAUGUGCGUGCCGUUUCACUGAUAGCCUCGACUAUGGAGAGAUGUGUAAGGUCACUGAUGAAUGAAUGUUUACAGCCAAUGUAAUGCUAUGUCUCAGGCAUGUAUUGUUCUCAGACUUUAAUCAAAAUUGCCCUCCCAUGAUUAUUUUUUUUCCUGACUGAAAAUAUUAACGAGCAGCCAUAACCAGUUUCACAUUUUAAGUCAUCUUAAUUAACUACACAGCAACCAUUAUUGGUACAGAUCUCCAAUCUUGCGUUUAUUACUGUACACUUCAUAUGUGACUGAUUGCUUGUGUGGAAAAUUUGAUUAUGUUCUAAUUUUUCUUUAAAUCCAAAGUUUUGUACAAACUAGGUUUUUGCGUUUUUAUGGACUUCUAAAAUUGGAUGUUUUUUAUAAUUAUUUAUUUCAUUCUAUGUACAUAUUAGUAAGUAAAAGUAUAUAUUUGCAGAAAUACAUUUUUUAAAAACAGUGUUGUAACACUGUAGCCUUUUUACCUCAUCUCUGUUUUUUCACUGACUGCACACAGGUAUCGUUCGUCCUACUGCCUGUAGUAGAUUUCUAAAGUUAACUCUGUAACACCAAAAUAAAGCAAC